AGAAUCCGCGUAGAGUUGCACGUUAACGUCAUUCCGGUCCGUCGCAACGUUUUCCAUAAAGUGUGUUUGUGUGUGCGUUUAUUCGAGUUAAACAAAAAUAUUAUUAUCGACAUCAUAAUAAUAUUUAACGAAAUAUAGUAUUUAUUAAAUUUUUUUUCGCCGUUUUUUUCCUGCCUGACUUUUUAUUAUAUUUUUUUCCCCGUUGGCUUUCUAUAACACAUUAAAAUUAUUGUUAUUAAUAAUUAUUAAUUCCCGCGGUAAAUGUGUUGUGGCCAAAGCUGGUGGCCAACGGUCGUCCGGCUCGUCACGUUGACACGGUCCGAUGGCUAGUAACAAGAGCGGCAGCAACAUCGUUGUCGAGUGGCUCGGGUCGCUCCACCUGGGCCAGUACGCCGAUUCGUUCCUCGACAACGGCUACGACGACCUGGAGAUAUGCAAGCAGGUCGGCGACCCGGACCUGGACGCCAUCGGAGUGUUCAACCCGUCGCACCGCAAUCGCCUGCUGCAGUCGGUGCGCACGCUACGCGAGCAAGGGGCGGCCAGCGUGUACUUCACCCUGGAAGAGACGGCCGCCAUACAGGAAGAGUGCAAGUACGCGGCCGCGGCCAAACAGUGCGUGCCCAGUCCGGCGCAGUCGUCCGGCAGCAGUACGCAAGAGCUGCAACAGGUCCACUACGACGAGUACGAGGAGGGCAAAGCCGAACUGGUCAGGAUACCCAAGCUACAGCUCAAGCUGCUCCUCAAAGACAAGCUGCUACAGGACGGCAUCAGGCUGAGCUCGCAGCCGUACACCACUCAGAAUGGCGAACGUGGUUACUUGGAAGGUCUGGCGUCCCGGUACGCCGACUUGUACAGCACCCAUUACCGGGAUAUCCUGGAAUACCUGGACGAGCUGCGGGCCGCCGAAUGGGCCGAGUUGUCGCCCAGGAUCACGUUGCUGGCACCCUCGUCGCCAUCGCGAUCACCAUGCAAUUUGACCGGCGGCAACAAUUCGUAUUCCCAUCAUCUGUACGCACCAGGAAAAUAUUCGCCAUCUAGUUGUCUAAGCGACCGGGAAGAGGAUGAGAUCUACGGGUUGACGACGGCCGACCGACGAUUCCCACCAGCUGCGGCUCGACCGUCCGUGCACGUGGCAACCACCAUGAGACAACAGCAUGCCACCCAACAACCGUGCUUAAGUCCGAGAUCGGCGUACUUCUACGAAUUCCCUCCUGCAGAUCGACCCGGCAAGAAAAAAAUCACUCUGACGAGGUUCUUGCGGAAUUUCAAAACUCACAGACGUGACAAGUCGCGAAGUCAGCAGAACGUUACCGCCUGUGCCAGCAGGGCCAACACACCCGAUUGUCUAGGCAUGACAAUGAUGGAUAAUAGGAACCGCUGCAUGCCCAUGUCGGCGGCCAACAGGAACAUUGUCGGCAACCACCCUGCCGGCGGAUUUGAAGAAACCAUUCAUCGGUUAAAAGUCCAAGAAGCUAUGAUCAAAAAGGAACGGUUCGACCGGGAACACGAAGACAUACUCAGGGAAAUCAAACACGGCCUGUUGCGGUACGGCAACGGUGGCGGAGGCGGUGCACCGACCGGACCAUACAAGUCCAGGGGUGGUGGCGGCAGCGGUGGCGGGGGUGACGAGACUUACAUGUACGAUGACGACAUGUUGCGACAUUGGUACGACGAACCGCCCUACGAGUCGGACCCCGAAGAGCUGCUCAUGGAACACGCCAACAGCAGAGUGUACUACGGUUACACCAAGCACAAACCGGCCAAGAACAAAAACUCGGGUUCGGUCAUCUCGUUGAGGAGCGCCGGUGACAUAUCGCUGUCGGGUCAAGGUCACCGACAAACGGGCCUGUUGUUGCCGGCUUCCGGUUCGGGUCAGCCCACCACCAUCAUACCGUUGAAGAGGCAGAACCGAGAGAGCGGAGACUAUGCGACGUCGGACAUACAGAGUAUAUGCUCUAGGAUGUCUUCGUUGUCCGUGGAGACCAACCGGUCCGACUACGAUCCAGAACUGUACCACAGGCUCAGGACAAACGGUACGGACAACAUGGUUUCGCCCGGCCACAGUUCGGACUACGCCGACCAAGAGGAUUCGUUUCUACAGUCACCCCGUCACAGUAAACGGCAUCGAUCCAGGGCUUCGGUCAAACACUACAAACAAACACAGAGAUCGCACCGGCACCACAGUUCGGCCGAAAGCCUGCCAAGCGCUUCCAGUGUACAAGCGCUAAUGGGAGGCGCGUCGCACAGUUCCGAAGAGUCACCGAGUAGCUGCGACGGCACUCAAAACGUCCAAGUACUGGCCCUGGCCCGAGCCGUCGCCAACAGCAGUCCAAAACCAUACGACAGAGAUACUUUGAAAUUCAACAAAGGAGACGUCAUACUCGUGACUACCAUGAACGCCAGCGGCAACUGGAAAGGUAUGGUGAAAGGCUGUGAUAAAAUAGGCACUUUUAAGUUUGGCAAAGUCCAACCGUUAAUCCACGAGAGUAACGGAUUGGAAAAGAGCAAACCGCAGAACGCCGCAAAGCACAGGCCCAAGUCGUUGCAUCAGCUGUUGAGGACGAUAGGAAUGGAGGAACAGAUGUCCGUGUUCGCCAAGAACGGUUUCGGAGAUCUGCAGUCUUUUUGUGAGAUACGCGAAGCCGACCUCGACUACAUGGGCAUCGUGGCCCCGGAACAGAGAGCGAAAAUAUUAGCCGCCGUUCAAGUCAUGCACGACUAUCAGUCCCCGGAAGACGACAGCAGCAGCACCGAGGAGAACAAAACCGACCCGAGCUGCGACGAUUCCCAAGACGGAGGAGGUUGUCGCACGGUGGCCGCCGGCGCCAAAGUCAAGACGACGGCCAAACCGCGGUUCGCGCCCGACAACGACGAAGCACCGCUGUCGUCGUCGUCGCCAGAGUACGGCAAGAAAGCGCAGAAAAGCGUCAAGGAACGGCUCGGCGGAGACAACAAUUCCAAUUCGAACGCCUGCUCGUCCGCCAAAGUGAAUUCGUGUACUUCUAGUGAAAAAUCAUCGGACUCCGGCGUCAGCUCCAGUUCGUCCGUGUGCUUCGGCGGCAACGUCGUCAAGCGGACCGCCAAGAGGAACGGCGAGUUGCUGUCCAACAACAAAAACGGUUUCGGCGGCCACGUCGUGCACAACGUCAAGGACUGACUAUUUUUCAGUACGCUAAGCCGAGUGCAGAAGAUUCGUCCGGACGUCUUAUGAUCUCUCGGCAACGCGUAGACGAAAACCGAUACUAAUACGCAUUUAUAUAAUAACGUUGGGCAUUUCUAACAGUUUUUUUUUUAUUUAUUUAUUUUGUUCUUUACUUGAAAAAUCAAAACUUGUAAUAAAAUAUAAUAUAUAUAUAUAAAUACCUAAUAUAAUAAUUUUACAAAGAGAAAAGAAGUUUUUUAGGUUUAUUAAAAUGUAAAAACGCCAUUUGCGUUUCUUCGAUUUAAGCGAAAUCAAAAAUCUUGUACAACCAAAAACAGUUUAUAGAUUCAUACGAUAGCGACUAGCGUAAAUGUAAUGUGUCUAAAUAUUAUAAGGAAAAAUACCAGAUUGCUGGUUUUGUUGAAUUCAUAGUAUUUGUACUUUUAUUAUUAGGUACAUUUUUUUUUUUAUUCUGUUUAGUCGAUUCGCUGUUAUUUAUUACGUUAAUUAAUUCCGAUUUGUUACCAUAGCGUCGACAGGCGUAGUAAAACAAUUAUGUGAACUAUUAAAAUUGACAAAAAAAAAAGGA